AUGGAUGAAAUUCUUUAUUUCUAUGAUGAGGAAGAGGCAUCUAAUAUAAAUUUAUCUUAAGAAUACUUUUUAAACUCUGAUAAAAAUAAUAAGAUUCCUUCUACACUUUUUAGUGAAUGUACUAUACCUAAUGAAAGAAAAAUAUUAUCGAAAGUAUUGAAAAAAGUUAUUAAAACAUCAUUAUGUUAAGCUAUGAAUGAGUUUUAAUUAAUUUAUUUAGCUUUCAGAUAAAAAAAGAGAUAAAUUUAUCAAAAAAAUUCCAUUAAUUUAAUUAAUAUUCUAGUCAAUUUAUUUUAUCGUUAAUCUUUUGAAACUUUGAUAGAAUACAUUUAAAAGAAUGUCAUUGAAUUUGAUGAAGAUGAUGUUAUUAAAUAUAAUCAAAUGUUAGAUGACAAUAAAAUAAUUGGAAUGGAAAUAUAACCUACUGGAAAUGAAGGAUAAGCAGCAGAGCCAGUUGAAUUAGAUAAACUGUUAUUAAACCAAAUACUUUAUAAAGUUCUUAAAGUCUCAAACCCACAAGUUAAAUAAUGGAAUUAUUUUUAGAAUAUUUCAUAGUGGUAAUUCACUUUAAAAUAUCCCAGUUCCAAUAGGAUAUCAAUAAACAAAAAGAAAUUUAAAAAAGAAAACUACUAAAAUUUAAGAAACUUUAGAAAAAUCAAAUUCAUAGAAUAAUAAAUUUAGUUUAACACCCUUAUCAUAAUCUUAUGUAUGUAUAUCAUUUAAUAUUAUUAGGCAUCAAUAAGUUAAAAUUAAUCUUUAACAUCUUUGUAAAAAUAAAAUUCUUAAGAAUAAUUGGCAUAAAUAUAAAAAAAUAAAUUAGCAUAAUAAUUUAAAAGAAUGGGAUCAGUAUAAUUAUCUGGAACAUUCAAAAAAUCAUGA